AUGAGCACCAACGCCGCCUUCACAAUGGUGAUGGCCGCGAUUCUGAGCAGCGGCGCAACCGGCGCCGCGGCAACGGAAGAGGCCUUGGCGGUUCAUCGUAGAAAGCUACGUCGCCCCGUCAGGGUUUCUCUUGGAAAUGGAGAGGAUGUUCUGAAUGAUGGCGAGGAGGAGGAUGAUGAUGAUGAUGAUGGAUGA